AUGGUCGUCGAGCUCCCGCUUGACACCGUCCGACCCACGCCCGCCCUUCGCUCGUCCUUCCUCUCCAUGCCGCUCUUCAGCAAGCGCAGCGGGGCGGCCGACUGGCCCACGCGCGCCGUCUCGCUCACGGCGUACCACGACAGCAGCGACGACCCCGACCAUGAAGACGUCACCCCGCCCCCGAUUGACGUCCCGCCGCGGAUCGAACAGCUGCUCGUGAACCACUUGCGCUUCGCCCACGCGUUCCGCAAGAACGACGCGGCCAUGAUCCUCCAGUUCCUCGCCAAAGACGUGACGCUCUUGUCCAUGGACGGGGCGCGACACGACGGCCAAUCUGCUGUGCUCGCGUGUCUCGUGGGCGCGCAGAUGACGAAACUGAGCUCAAACCUGCGCGUCAAGGGCUUCCCCACGCGCUCGGGGACGUGCCAGUCGACGUUCGUUUACGAGCACGGGAUCGUGUUCAAGGACCCGCUGUACAUGGAGGUGCUGGACUGGAAACCUGAUGGGACGAGCGUCGCGUGGAUCGCGCACGUCCCGCUCCUGUCGGACGCGAAAAAGAAGAGCAAAACGAUGCAGGAAGGUGGCAAAGUGUCGCCUCGGAGGCUGUCGCAGGGCACGAGGAGGUCGUCAAUGGACGAGAGAGGGGAGAAUGAAGAUGAUGGCCUGAGCUUGACGAGUCGCGAGUCGGACAAUAGCUCGACGGUCAAGUCGGACAGUCAGCGUGGACUUUCGGACGGCAUAUCCAGUAAGGUGCGGUGUCGACGGGCCAAGUCCAGGAGCUCGGGAGAUAGCAGUAGUGCAAUUACUGCUGCGAGUUUACGGCUAUCUUGUUGUAGCAGUAGCAGCAGUCAAAGUGGUGCCAAUGAAGUGGCGGUGCAACCAUUGGCUGGAGGGGCUGUGGGUCCCAGUGCUCGCGGUCGACAACCGAUCGCGGAAAUUGAGUUGGUGGAGAUUUCGUGCACAGAUUUGACGCCCGUGCGCAAGCGCAAGACGGUGAAUCCGUUUGUGACGUUGCAGUGCUUGGACUCGAAGACGGAGUGGAAGAGCCCUGUCAUGCGACGAGAGCCGAAUCCUAAGUGGAAACAAAUUCCCUUGAGGGUUCCGGUGCAGCAGACGCACGAUUGUGUCGUGGAGAUUGCGCUGUGGGACCAUUCGUUUUUUCGAUCGGUGAAAGUGGCAAGAGCGGCGCUUGUGGAGUCGGAUAUUCUCACGGACGCUGCCGAGUUUAGUGCGACGGUGCAGUUGGAGAGAUAUGAUGUAGGCCGCACAGGUGGCGAGCCUCAGUACGUGACAAUGAAGUUUCGGUUUGUGCGUCGGGACCGUGGUGAUAUGGCAGUCCAUUUCUCGGACGAAGUGGAGCAGAGCCCUGCUCGGUACGAAGAAGCCGAGCCUGGCAAGACGCAGCAACAGGCCGGUGUAGGUGGCUCAGUGCUGGAUAACAGCUUGAAGUGGUUAGUGGUGCAUCCGAAUACGAACGGAGGCCACGCUGGUGGACUUACGAUGCUCUUCCGUGCCGCUGUUUUUGCAGCAAUAGUAUGGAUGCUGUAUCACGUCACGACCAUGUGGCCAAAGCAAGUGUUAUAG